UAUUACAGUUUAAUUAAGGGUCGUAGCUCGUCCGACUGGCUUUGGAAAAAAGAGUUUUUAUUAUUUCUGGAAAUUGGGCUGGGGACCCAGCUGAUGUGAGUAGUCCCCCCUUCCCACCUUUUACCAGCCCUCUAGGUCGUCUUCGUCCUGAGGCUGUUGCUCGUCCACGCUUGGACAAAUUUUAUCUGGACCAGAUAGACGUGGUUCGUGCCUUCCCUGGGAGGACUUUCCACAAUUUGGUUACUCUCAGUCGUCUAGCAGCUUGGGGACUUGGCCCAGUGCCUACUGCAGAGAACCUUAGUCACGAGGAGAUUACUCGUCGAAGAAUAACUACAAAAAGGGAAAACAAGGAGAAGGCUGUGACUAGUGGGGACGAGGAUGUUGUUGCACCUCCGUCUGUCCAAGUGGCUUCCGUCCAGGCUGGGAAGAGGAAGCCUAAAUCAAUAUCCAGUACUGUAGACUUGGACGACCUCCCAAGCCGUCGAGGCCCUAAGUAGCAAAAGUUUGCUAAGACUUCCCUUCUCAAGGUCCCCAAGUUUGUACCUCCAACAGUGAACUUGGACGAACCUUUGGUGGAUGUGGAGCUCGUCCAAACAGUCCAUCCCGUCCAGAGCGAUCCUCCUUCUCCACCCAAAGUUUCUCGCAAGCCCAGCUCGUCGAAGACCUCUGAUUGUCCUUCCAAUCUAGUUCUGGACGAGGGUUAUGCAUGGAGGAUGUUCAAAGGAAUCGUCACUGAUCGUGAAGUGAAUGAGUGCUAUAACAUGUCAGUGAAGGAGUUUGAACGUUCUGGCAUCCAUGACGUUUUUAAGGCUAUAUCAAAAUUUUAUACAGCAACCUGCCAAGCCAAGGAGCUCGCUACAGCGGCUAAGACGGCUAAUGAUAAAGCCAAGGAGCUAAACAAUGAAGUUCUACUAAAGAAGGGGGAGGUCCUUAGGUUGAUUGAGGAUUUUAAUCGUCUACAAGGAAGUGAGACGAAGCUGAAGAACGAGGUGGAAGAGCUUAAGGCCGACAACUUAGAGAAGGAUAACCGCAUCGUCCAUCUUGAAGGACAAGUUUCAGAGCUUACCUCGUCCUUGGAGAAGGCAUGUGAAGAAGCUAUUGCGGCCUUUAAGAAGUCUGACGAGUAUAAAAAUCGUCUAGACAAUCAUUAUGCAGUUGGCUAUGAAGACUUCCGUGUUGAUGCUAAGGACGCAUAUCUUGAUUUGGACUUCAACUCCUUCAAGCUUCCCCUUGCUACAGAGAGUUCCUUGUUGCAGACGAGUUCCGAGGACGUCAACAUCAUGGACGACGCUAAUACUAAAGUCACUCAGGAUGACCCCAAGGCUAGUUUGCCCAAAUGAUUUGCAAUUUCCUUGAAAUUUUGUUUUACUUUUAUCUGGAAGUGCCCGUUGUUUUGGGCUUUGUUU